UUUUCCGAUUCCAGUCUUCGAUUCGAUCCCGAUCGUAGCUACUCGCCGCCUCGUUCCAUCGUCACACUCCCUUUUCCACGGUUUCCACGUGAGUGCCCGCUCCUCGAUCGCGCUUCGUCGGUUCUCCUCGCCUUCGAGAACUCCUCCUUCAUCCCUUGCCGUCACAGCUGGCCUGGCGUCAGCAAUGGACCUCCUUGUGGUCGACCUUUCCCGAUACCGGGAAAUCUCCGCCGGGAGCGGCGGAACUGAUUUUUCCGAGGAGCUUAGGGAGUUAUGUGCGGCAGUGAGCGGAAGUCUCAAGGACAACGGUGCGCUCUUAGUGAAGGACUCGCGCUGUACAGCUGAGGACAAUGAUCGGUUCCUUGAUAUGAUGGAGCGGUACUUUGAGCAAUCCGAGGAAUUCAAGCUCCAACAAACUCGCCCUUACUUAUCUUUCCAGGGUGGUGCAACUCCUGAGGGUGUGGAGAUACCGCGCUGUCUGGUUGAUGAAGAUAUGCAAGCAAGGAUUAAAUCUAUGCCAAAGGAGGUUCAGCCUGCUAUUUUUUCUGGUCCAGACCCUAAAUGGCGAUACACAUGGAGAAUAGACCCUCGACCAGAAAACACUCAUUUUAAGGAACUGAACCCAGAAUCUAUUAUACCUGAUGGAUUUCCUGAUUGGAAAGAAACAAUGGAUCUUUGGGGAUCAAAAAUGAUAGCUACUAUCGAGGUUGUUGCUGAGAUGGCUGCUAUUGGAUUUGGCUUGGACAAGGAUGCAUUUACUUCUUUAAUGGACCAUGCACCUCAUCUCCUUUCUCCGACUGGAAAUGAUCUACAAUGGCAUGGCACUCUAGGCACUGUUUUUGCUGGAUAUCAUUAUGACCUGAAUUUCCUAACAAUCCAUGGGAGAAGCAGAUUCCCAGGCCUAAACAUAUGGUUAAGAAAUGGACAGAAGAUGGAAGUCAAGGUUCCUUUUGGUUGUCUCCUUAUCCAAAAUGGAAAGCAGCUAGAGUGGUUAACUGCAGGUGAGUGUUUGGCUGGAAUGCAUGAAGUUGUGGUAACUAAUAGGACACUAGAAGCUAUUGAGUCAGCUCGACAACAAUCCCGCAGCCUUUGGAGGGUUUCAUCAACCCUAUUUGGGCACAUCGCAUCUGGUGCCACAUUGAAGCCAGUAGGCCAUUUUGCUGAUACACCCCUUGCGAGCAAGUAUCCUCCCAUCUGUGCAGGAGAUUAUGUUGAGCAAGAAGUUGCUGCUAUUAUUCGCAAAGGCUAGAACUAGAAAGGAUGUCUCUAUAAAAGCUAUGAGGA